GUUGUCAGAAUUAACAAAAAAAAAGUAAAGAAGUGUUAUUUCGUCAAAGGCGAGAGAAACUCCGAUUUCUAUUGCUUUUUUGUGUUUGCUAACAAUUUGCCAGUGGCACUGUGCCGCUCAUACAGCAAUUACAAUUGCCGAUUAAUAAUUGGGAGUGAAUGUGAAGCUCGUGUGUUACUGUUCCAUUUCCUUGCGCCGAUCGACAGUCCACCGCACCCGUGAAUGAAACGCAUCUGGACGACGUGGAAUUGUCCGUUCUGUGCCGUUGGUUACGUGUGACGGGAUUUCGAAGGCCAGCUGUAGCAAUUGCGUGUGGCGAGACUUAUUUCGUUAAUCAUCGUUAGUGGUAUCUUACGGAUAGAAUAGCUAGUAGCCGUAUUUCUCACAUUCCUGCAAUACGGUGCGGCAGAAUUUGUUCCAGGCAAUUUGUUGAAAGUGUCUGUCUGCCAAAGUGUGUGUGUAUGUGUUUGUAUGUGUGCAUUGUUUCGUGACAGGUAUUGUGAUUUGCUCUUUAACCCAACCGAAGAGCGAUCGUUUCAAUAUUGUGAUUUUUUAAAUAAACUCCGGAAAAGAAACUCCAGUUGGAAACGCUCACCACACAACAUACAGAUCCAUCUGCUGAGCAGUGAAAGCCAAAUUACACCACAUAGGAACAUAGGAAAGCAGCAUUGCCAUGGAUAAAUUUAUCAGUAUGUGGAAAGUGCGAGAACUCGCCGAUAAAGUCACAAAUGUUGUGAUGAACUAUACAGAAAUUGAGGGCAAGGUACGCGAAGCAACAAAUGAUGAACCGUGGGGUCCCACGGGACCACUGAUGCAAGAACUCGCCCAUGCUACCUUUACAUACGAGCAUUUUCCCGAAGUAAUGUCGAUGCUAUGGAAGCGAAUGCUGCAAGACAACAAAACAAAUUGGCGGCGAACGUACAAAAGUCUGCUGUUGCUGAACUACCUGGUACGCAAUGGAUCGGAACGUGUCGUUACCUCGUCGCGGGAGCACAUCUACGAUCUACGAUCGCUAGAAAACUAUACCUUUGUGGAUGAAAAUGGCAAGGAUCAGGGUAUUAACGUUCGGCACAAAGUGCGAGAGUUGAUUGACUUUAUUCAGGACGAUGAUCGAUUACGAGAGGAACGCAAAAAGGCGAAAAAGAAUAAGGACAAGUACAUCGGCAUGAGCUCAGAAGCGAUGGGGAUGCGGUACGGAGGUAGCAGUGGUGGUGGCGGUGGAGGCGCAAUGGACUAUGGCGGAUAUCGGGAUAGCUACGAUCGACGAAGCGAGGAUCGAUAUAAUGAAUCAAGGGACCACCACGAAUACGAUUAUCAGUAUGAAGGUGAAAGAGAAGAUUCCGACGAUGAAUCGAACGGACCACAGGAUCGUUCAUCAAACCGGUACCAAGAUCGGGAACCGUCGAAAAGUCCUGCCACACGUCAGUCGUCCAGUUUGUCUACCGGCUCCACGACGGCUUUCGGAGGUGGUGGAGCGACCGGUGGCAGCGAACGAAAAAUAAACUUGAACAUCAAACCUACCGGUAGCUCGUCGACAGCAAGUACGCUAAGAGGCGCACAGAAAACGACAAAGAAAAUCGAUCUCGGAGCUGCUAGUGGAUUUGCUAAGACGGCUGCAACGGCGACAGCCACAUCUUCAGCGAGUGUUGACCAGUUCGGGAUAAAUUCUCCAACUCAUCGCAAUACGCAUGCCGAAGAUAUAGUUGGCACUGGACCUGUUGCGAGCAGCAAGCAACAAGAUGCUCUAGAUGAUCUUUUCAAGACUUGUCCUACGAAAUCUACUUCCGCCGGUGGUGCCCUUGUGGAUGAGGAUGAUUUCAAUCCAAGAGCUGCCGAAGAUUUUGGAGAUUUUGAAUCGGCUUUCGGUGCCAAUACGGUCAAAUCGGCGGCGACGGUAGCGAAGGGAGAUGAUUUUGCAGAUUUCGCAGCCUUCGGAACGGAUCCUGUACAGCCGGCGGCGGUAGCACCAAAAGUGGAACCGAACGCAGAUCUCUUGUUUGGUCUAAGUGUUGGAGCUAAUACUGCAUCAAGCAAUGGUGGUGCUCAAAUGGAUAUUCUUUCGGAUCUAAGUGGCCUCUCGCUUGGCAGUAACACGAAUGCAUCCGGCAACAACAGCAUCAUGUCAACGGGUGCUCAAUCGUGUGUUGUGCGUCGAUAUAACGAUCUUCUAGAGACUAUUCGUAAACUGCCCCUGCAGCAACAGGAUGGACAAGAUGACCGUACAAUUAACCGAAACAACGAGCGUGAAAUGGUGAACGAAAAUCUUGGUCUGCUACUCGAAUGUCUCCCGGGACCGGUACAACCGUCAGAUGCUCUGUAUGGAUCGAAAGAAUGGGAUCGAUUUGCGGCAAUCGCAUAUCCGAGUUUGCUGGAGGAAUUAAUCCCAUUAAUGGGACAUCUGCAACUGUCCUUGCUGUAUCGGCUCGUUACACUUGACGCAAGCGCUCUUUUCCCGUAUGAAGCGAUCAAUGCCCUUACUCAGCGAUCGGUCUUACAGGGUUCAUCGUGUGACAUAGCAUUGGAGCUAUUAUCUCGCCUAAUUGAGGACGAUUCUGUUUUACCUGCAGCCUUCAUCCAGCUAUCAGUAUUGCGUACCGAUGGAAGCUUUGGUGACCACAACCAGCUUUUGCAGCUCUUGUCCGCCAUUCCUAAUAAGGUGGCCAACGUACUUAAAGCCAAAGCGCCAGAAAACUUGUUGCCCGUAACGUACAGCAAAACAAUGUUCCGCCAGUUCAUUCGUACUAUCGUCACCUUAAAUGAUGCAGUUAUUUAUUUUGAGCAUGAACAAACACGCACGAAACCGUUGUUGCAAGACGCUUAUUUAGCUACGCUCUUCAACAAACUCAUUAUCGACUUUCAUCAGGAUCGCCGCUCUCCAGCAUUACGAGCUACACUGUACCUUCUCGUAGACGGAAUCUCAAGAUUACCGAAAAUGGCUAAUUUUAUUAAAAACAUAUUUGCUGGCUUAACGCCGACGGCGAUCGAAAUCAUAUCUUAUAUUGCGCUCACCGAACGCAUUGAUCUCUCUACAAUUUUCAAACAAUCUAUACCUACCGGCUGGUCUUACGUAUUGCUGCAAAAGCUUCCACUGUACAACUAUUAUCCCAACAAUGAAACGAUUAUUUAUGAACUGAUCCACCUGUUAACGCGUGUUCCGAAGGUAGAGAUCUCGAAUAACGAAACAGAAUAUUGCAAUGAAUUUGCUCUCCAACGAUUAACUCAACAACUGCUAGUGGUGUGGUCAAGUCGCGCAUCAAUUCAACGGACAAGUUUUGAUCAGCACCUCUACGUAACGAAGCUGUUAUUGCUAGCGAUGACCACGUCAAUUGAGAUUGAUGCGAUAUGGUCGACCAACUGCAGUGACACAUAUCGAAGAAUGUUAUUCGACGGCUUAAAGGCCCAUUUGGAAUCACCGAUUAAGCAGGUGCGUUGCGUCGGUAUGAUAACGACUGAGAUUAUUAUGGGUAUGAUUGAUGAAAAGCGCGAACAACGCAACUCUACCAGUGAGAAAGGUGCUGAAAAUCGGUUACGCUUUGAUUAUGAAGGAUUUGAUGGAGAUACGCUUGCCUUAAUUGAAAACUUAAAGACCAUCGUACAGCGGAAAAUUUCGUUAGAUAGAGAACGAAAGGAACGAGAAAUGGACGAAGAAAUCAUAGUAUUAGCUGUUAAAGAGCUGGAUCAUUAUAAUACAAAGGAAAAUAUAGACAUACCAAGUGAAGAAGGGAAACAAAAACCCACCAUUCCAAUGCCAUUAGAAGCCAACAGUGUAAAAGUACUGGCAUCCGCCGAUAGUGACGAUGAAGACGAUGACGAACAACUGGAUUCCGAUGACGAUGAACUCCCAGUCUAUGAUAUGUCAAACGACACCAAGGUCGAGCAUGAACGGUUUCGUCCAAAAUAUUUGUUAGAUUUGCGCGAUGCACUCGUGGAAACGGACGCCACUAAAACCCCAGAACAGUUCGAGCUGGCGGUUGAUAUUGCCCCUGAACUUAUUGCCCAGCAGCUGCCCAACAAUGAUGCAAAACUUGCACUUGAUUUGUUACAAAUUUUCCUUACGCUCCAAGAGAAAACUCACAUGCCAACGUUCGGUGAUCGAAUGUUUAACGCCUUGGUCGAAAUAUGUAUCGCAUUUCCGAAAGAAUGUGCCACCUUCCUCUGCCAACAGUUUCAUGCCGAGGUGAGCCUUUACACGGUGAAUCGUCGCAUCUUAAUGCUGGACGUGAUGACCGAAGUGGCUAAAGUACUCUCCAACAGCUGUAAAACAAACGAGUCUACAAAACGGCGAAUGGAAAGCAAUGCGAUCGCACAAACACCAGCCGGCAAGACGGGGAACAGUAAAAAUCAACUUCUUCUGAUGUUUCGCGAUGAAGCGGAACAUAGAACGCGUCGUGAGGAAGCGGAACGUAUAGUACGUGUGCGAAUCGAGCGUAAAACAAGACGCUUUCGGUCGGCUUUUACUAAGAUCCGCGAAACAGAGGAAAAGGGCACCAUUAAUCGGUACAGCGAAGUGGCUGGAUGGUUUUUCUUUCCACUGCUCCGUGGAUUCGGAGGCAACAAGUUUAUCUUCACGGCUGGUCUAAAGUUCCCGUACGAUGUCGAAAAUUUACUGCUGGUCAGUUUCUUGCAAGCGCUUUCGGUACUAAUGGUGUGCGCCGAAAACUGUCCCAUUGCCGGGCGGAUGGCAAUGGAAUUGUUUACGCUUGCGAAACUUCUGCGCUACAGCGAGGAACCAAAAGUACGACUAUCCGUGAUGCAAUUGCUAGCGGCCAUCUUUUUAGCGAUACGACCAGAACUGCUACAACUGCAAUUCUAUGACGAAUUGUUAGAGCUUAAAAGCUGGCUCGAAGAGUGCACACAAGCUGAUGUUAUUCGCAAGGGUGAAACGAAUGAAGAAUGCCGUCAGUUAGCGCAACAUCUGCUUGCCAUGUGCUACAGUGCACUGAUAAAUGAAAAGGAAUAAGUUUACUAGCAGGUGCGAAUGCGAAACAUUAGCGGUAAAGGUGCGAAAGAAACGAAAUGAGUUAUUAAUACGAAUAUGUAACAUAUGGUGAAAUAAUAAGACCCAGUCUUAAGACGACAAGCGAACGUCGUCAGAUAAGCAUUAAAAGCAAACUUAUCUCGUGUUCUCGAAUCAGCAGAUACCGAAAAAAUCUUAUCACGGGUAAAUCACGAGUUGUGCAUGC